AUGCCGGGCAUUCUGCCGAUGAAGGUCAUCAAGGUGGGAACCAGCACCCAGAGCCGCAUCGCCCAGGCCUGCGACCGCUGCAGGAGCAAGAAGAUCCGAUGUGACGGCAUACGGCCAUGCUGCACGCAGUGUGCCAAUGUCGGCUUCGAGUGCAAGACCAGCGACAAGCUCAGCCGCCGCGCCUUCCCAAGGGGAUACACGGAAAGCCUGGAGGAGAGGGUCAGGGUCCUGGAGGCUGAGGUCCGCGACCUCAAGGACCUGCUGGAUGAGAAGGACGAGAAGAUCGACAUGCUGUCCAAGAUGCAUGGGAACCACCGCCGCCCAUCCGUCAGCUCCGGCUCCGGCAUGCCGUCCAGCGCAAGCUCCCCCGUCGAGAGCAGGCCUGGGAGGGAGCCCACGCCGGCCAAGGAGGACACGUUCAAGGUCCAGGCCUCACCGCUUCUGCUUGGGGUCGAGAACUCAGACUCAUAUUUCAUGGGCCCGUCGAGCGGACGAGGCUUCGUAGAGGCGUUUAAGCGCAAGUUGCAAGAGGCUGGCAAGCCGUCAUCGGAUUUCAACACCGAGGCCUUCUUGCACAUACAAGGCUGUUAUCCACUUGUGCCCAAGGACUCAGCCGGUCCGAUGAGGGCUCCACCGCGUCUCUUCACCGACCGGUGCGUCAACGUCUAUUUCCAGGAGUGGGCGCCACUGUUCCCCGUCAUCCACAAGCCAACCUUCCUUCGCAUAUAUGAAGAAUUCGUGUCAGACCCGGAGAAGGUCAAGAACAACCACAAGCUUGCGCAACUGCAUCUCGUCUUCAGUAUCGCUGCGCUUUCCAGCGACAGGCCGGACCUGGCCCAGGUCGCUUCUUGUGAGCAGCAAUGGCAGCGGUCCGUCGAGGCAGUACUCAUGGAGAACACCAUGAACACCCUGCAAUGUCUGGUCCUCGCCCUCAUCUACUGCACAGUACGGGCAGACUACAAACGCCUGCAACACUACAAGGGUAUCGCAGUGGGCCUGUCUCAUCGCCUCGGCCUUCACCAGAGCCAAAAGCGCUUCUCAUUCGGCGCCCUUACCAUCGAGACACGCAAGAAGGUCUUCUGGACACUCUACACAUUGGACUGUUUUUCUGCUGCGAUACUCGGCCUUCCCAAGCUCAUCAAGGAGGAAGAUGCGCACGCCGAAUAUCCGUCCGACACGGAUGAUGAAUACGUCACUGAGAAGGGGUUCCAGCCGACACUGCCCGGGGAAUACACCAAGCUCUCGUCUGCUUUGGCACUAUUCCGUGCUGCUCGCAUCAUGGCCAAGGUGCUCGAGAAGCUUUAUCCCGCGGCAACCUCGUACGACCUCUCGUUGCAGCAGAUGUCUGCCCUUGAGGCGGAGCUCGACAGCUGGUCGGAAAACCUCCCCCAGCACUUGAAGCUUACCUUCAGGCAAGACAAGCCAUCAACAGACGUCACUGGCAGCAGAUCACCACUACUGUCCCUCACGUACUACUACAUACGCACAUUGAUCUACAGGCCAGCAAUUGGCUCCAGCCUAGGACACAAGGCAGCGCCGGCACGACUGUCUGUGAGCGACUCGGCAAAGCAUAUGAUCCAGAUUUCACAACUACUCGAAGAGAGGAGCAUGUCGUUCUCGUUCUGCCUAAACAAGGCCGACCUGCUGCUGAUCUGCGGCAUGACGUUGCUGUACCAAGGCAUCGACCUGAAGCAAGACAGCAAGAUGCUCAAGGACAAUGAGCGACUUGUCAAUGCCGUCAUCAAGAUCGUUGAGAGGAUGAGGGCGCCCAGCACGUAUGACUUCAAGCGGAUUGCGAGUAUGCUGAUAAGCCUGGACGAGCCAAUUGUCUCAUUGCCCACGCCCCCGAGACAGAGUCCGGACACGAGCAUGGCUGCACCACCACCGCAACGGACGUCUCCUGCGCCCAAGUCGAAGAAGAAAUCGUCCUCACAUGGUCAUCAGUCCCAGCAGUACCCACUUGGUCGACAUUCAGGUGCAAGCAUGAGCGAGACCGAUCUCCUGUCGCAGCAGGAGAAGCUGAGAAGGAUGACGAUGCCAAACCUGACGCCCAUUCCAGGUACCGUGCGGCCGGACCUACACCGCUCCUCCUCGCGGACAUCCUUCGACAGUGCAAGGCCGAACCCAGCGUCGAUCAUGCAGCGCCGCGACCAGCGUCUUUCCACCUCCCAGGCUGCUAUGGUAGCUCGUGUGUCAUCAGGACAAAAGACAAACCUGGAUUUCCUCUCACUAGGCAACACGUCGAGCCAGACGGGGUCAUCGUCGCCGGCGCAGAAUCACCACCACAUCCCGACGAGCGGGCCUACGACCCAACAACACUACGCGUCCAUCCAGGUGCCACCGAAAGCGGCUGCUGGAGGCGUCUCUCCGUCCGAGUGGGAGGCCCUGCUUGGGCAGAUUGACGGCGGGCAAAUCAAUCUCUACGAUGCCAUCUACGGAGGACCACAGGUCUCGCUGGAGACGCCCGUAAACUCUACCGUGGAGGGUAGCUGGUCACCCGACUCGCUGGACCUCUCAACAUUCCACUUGGGCGACUUUGGCGCUACUCAGCAGGGUGGGAGUCUGAGCGAGGAGAGCCUGAGCUCUGUCUCGGGCGGUGAUGACCUCUCAUCGCUGGACUUUCGUGAUUUCCAGGGCAACCAGGGGGCGAUCAUGUCUGGCGGAGGCGACGAGGGGUUCAUGAUGGAGGGUAUGCGGGUGGGUGGCAACUUUGGGUUGUGA